AUGACCCCACUGAAGGACAUCAGGAUGCAGCGCAGCCGGCACCGACAAACUUGGCCUCUGGACACUCUGCCGGCACUUGCACCCCUCAACCAGCCUCCAUCACUCGCCGCUCGAUGCCCCAGAGAGCCCCGACCACUACUCCUUAAGGGGAGGAUUGCCUCGGCCAGGUUUGAGGUUCUUAGACCUGAGCCGAAAUGGCUCAGGCUAUAUUUCAGUCUUCUUGUGAUUGCUCUAUGUUCAAUAUCUGAAUGCAUUCGACUGAAUUACAUCUGCGACAAUGUUGAUCCAUCAGAAAAGGCUGUAGUUACCUGUGAAUCACAAACUGCCUCCCUCAGCUGUGACCAGGGAACUAUAAAAGUCCUUUCAGCCAAUUAUGGGCGUACAGACAGACAGACCUGCUCUACUGGAAGACCAGAUAACCAGCUCACAAAUGUUCAGUGCACUCAGAGUACGUCUCUAAGUGUGGUGGCCAUAAGGUGUGAUGGAAAAACGAAUUGUUCCAUUGUUGCGGAGAAUGCAGCUUUCACGGAUCCUUGUGGUGGAACUUACAAAUACCUGACUGUGUCUUAUAAGUGUGUUGCAACUCCACCACCAUCACCAGUCGAACCUUCAUUGGCUAUAGUUACUUGUGAAUCACAAACUGCCUUCCUCAGCUGUGUCCAGGGAGUUAUUAAAGUCCUUUCAGCCAAUUAUGGGCGUACAGACAGACAGACCUGCUCUACUGGAAGACCAGAUAACCAGCUCACAAAUGUUCAGUGCACUCAGAGUACGUCUCUAAGUGUGGUGGCCAUUAGAUGUGAUGGAAAAACGAGUUGUUCCAUUGUUGCGGAGAAUGCAGCUUUCACGGAUCCUUGUGGUGGAACUUACAAAUACCUGACUGUGUCUUACAAGUGUGUUGCACCAUCACCACCAUCACCACCAUCACCACGUGAGUUUUGCACCUGAAUGAUCCCUAGACCUUAACAAAAUCACCUGUGUAACUGAGUGAUGUUGGUUAUCUUGAUGAAGAGAAGCGUCAUCUAGUAGCUGGAGUCACUUAU